GAGCAGGACGCUGCUGCUGCUGCUGCUGCUGCUGCUGCUGCGCUCCUGCUGCUUGGUGUGCAGGGGACAUUCGUCGUUGGGACAGAGGGGCAGAGCCUCUAGGUGUCCUUCUUCACCAUCUUCAACCAUGGCAGAGAACUCGGACAAACUUCCGAUCACCAUGGUAGGACCUGAUGACAUUGAGUUUUGCAGUCCUCCGGCAUAUGCCACCGUGACCCUGAAACCCUCCAGCCCUGCGCGUCUGCUCAAGGUCGGAGCCGUGGUCCUCAUUUCCGGCGCGGUAUUGCUGCUCUUCGGCGCCAUCGGGGCCUUCUACUUCUGGAAGGGGAAUGACAAUCACAUUUACAAUGUUCAUUACACCAUGAGUAUCAAUGGGAAAUUACAAGAUGGGUCCAUGGAAAUAGAUGCUGGAAACAACUUGGAGACCUUUAAAAUGGGAAGCGGAGCCGAGGAAGCGAUUGAAGUUAAUGAUUUCCAGAAUGGGAUCACCGGGAUCCGUUUUGCUGGAGGAGAGAAGUGCUACAUCAAGGCACAGGUGAAGGCUCGUGUCCCUGAGGUGGGCAUUGUGACCAAGCAAAGCAUCUCUUCUGAGCUGGAAGGCAAGAUCAUGCCAGUUAAAUAUGAAGAAAACUCUCUUAUCUGGGUGGCCGUGGACCAGCCUGUGAAGGACAACAGCUUCUUGAGUUCUAAAGUCCUUGAACUCUGUGGCAACCUCCCUAUUUUCUGGCUUAAGCCCAUGUAUCCAAAAGGAAAUUUUGCAGGGAUCCAAAGACAGAGAAGAGAAGCAGUAAGAAACACUGCUCCCUCUACCACGAGAAGACCGUACAGUGAACAACGAGGCAACCCAGGCCCUAGAAGACCGAGUAAUGAAACCAGGCCUAGUGUUCAGGACGACGCAGAACCUUUCAAUCCCGACAAUCCUUACCACCAGGAAGGAGAGAGCAUGACAUUUGACCCUAGACUGGAUCAUGAAGGAAUCUGCUGUAUAGAAUGCAGGCGGAGCUACACCCACUGCCAGAAGAUCUGCGAACCUCUGGGAGGCUACUAUCCAUGGCCUUAUAACUAUCAAGGAUGUCGUUCAGCCUGCAGAGUUGUCAUGCCGUGUAGCUGGUGGGUUGCCCGCAUCUUGGGCAUGGUGUAAAACCCACUUCAUCUAUCAGGAACUGUCAAGCAAGAAUUAACCUGAGAGUUGACAACCAAAGAAGCAUAAAGCAUGUUCUUGCCAAGGAACCACAAAGUAUUUUAUAUUCAACCUGAGUAAUGUUUAUCCUAAACAAUGUAACAGAAUCUCUCAACUGUAUGUGCAAAUAUACUGAAAGGGUACUUUAAGUCUACAAUUAUUAUCCCUUCACUAUUUGCUUUGCCAAUAAAGCCUAUUGCAAGUCUUUAAAAGCUACUUUUGAAAUAAACAUGGAAAGUUAUUUAAA